CGAUAAAGACGAAGUGGAUUUUGACGUGCUCGGAUGGUGGAAGCGGAACGAACACAUGUUCCCAUGUCUCGGCAUGCUAGCAAGACAAGUGUUAUCCGUUCCGGUAUCAACCGUAGCAGUUGAACGAGAAUUCAGUGCUGGCGGCAACAUUCUAACCGACUUUCGAAGUUGUCUUAGCGCUGAAUCUCUUGAAACACUUGUUUGCAACCAAGAUUGGCUCUUGGCAAGACGUCGAGCUCAAGAGUCAACGUACCAACUCGAAUUGGAGCAUUACAUGAAUGCAACAACAGAUGGAAGUUCGAGUUCUGAAGAAUAAGUUAUAAUUUUUUUUGUUAAUGUAAAUAUGUAAUUAGUUUUUUUAGCUAAGCGAUAUAUAAGCUCCUUCGAGGGUUUCUUUACGGUUCUUUACCUCGUCGCUUUUUUUGAACCGUCAGGAUAUUAAAUGUGGUUGUUCUUC